AUGGCUGGCGAUAAACAAGAGUGGAGCACCAGGGCGGUGGUGCUGCCCCCACUGGCGCGGUGGCCCUACGAGAACGGCUUCACGUUCACCACGUGGUUUCGGCUCGACCCCAUCAACUCGGUCAACAUCGAGCGAGAGAAGCCUUACCUCUACUGCUUCAAGACGAGCAAAGGCGUGGGCUACACGGCACACUUCGUGGGCAACUGCCUGGUGCUGACGUCCAUGAAGGUCCGGGGGAAGGGCUUCCAGCACUGCGUCAAAUACGAGUUCCAGCCCAGGAGGUGGUACGCCAUCGCGGUGGUGUACAUCUACAACAGAUGGACGAAGAGCGAGAUCAAGUGCCUGGUCAACGGCCAGCUCGCCUCCAGUACAGAGAUGGCCUGGUUCGUCUCAACGAACGACAACUCCGUCUCUUGCUACUUCUAUGUGAUAUACACCAUUACGGAUAUGUUCGGCAUAAGUAGCUACGCGCAAGUUUUACUUGAUAAGUCCCAAGCGCAAUCAAUACAGAUCUUGGCGUGUGAGUACAGGGAACUCGUCUGCUCCGAUAAAUGCUGCGAGCGAGAAGAUGCUGGAUGCGAUACGGAGAGCCGAGCAAGGACCUGUUUAUCACCAGGACCUCACGAGUAG